UUUCAUUACUGGCAACACUGUCUACCGGCCGGCUGAUUUGUGAAGUUUCCAAUAAAUUCAGAUUUUCUGGAAUUUUAUUUUAUUAUAGUUACAAAGGGUCUAGAUUAUUAUAAAAUGUCUCAUUUUAAGCUUAUUCUAUCUACUAAAGCCAAUGAUGUUAUCCCAAUAAACAAGUACGUGUCUGAAAAAACAGGAAUCACUGUGAUCAUCGCUGGUGUUGAAGGUCCGGUUGUGAACGGAUUUUUCUGUUUAGCCACGGAAGCACACGAUGACGACGGUCUACCCCACACGUUGGAGCAUCUCAUUUUCCUGGGCUCCCAGCGCUACCCCUACAAGGGAAUCCUGGAUUUGUUGGCCAACCGGUGCAUGGCCCACGGGACCAACGCGUGGACCGACACGGACCACACUUGCUACACCAUCCACACUGCGGGGGACGAGGGGAUGCUCACACUACUCCCGGUGUACCUCGACCAUAUUUUGAAUCCUACCCUCACUAAUGAAGGGUUUAUAACUGAAGUGCACCAUAUAGACGGGGAAGGCCAAGAUGCUGGUGUAGUGUACUGUGAAAUGCAGGGCCGGGAGAAUAGCGCUGAUAGCAGAUGUGAAUUGCAGCUAUUGAGAGCCAUGUAUCCCAAUAGUGGGUACUCGGCAGAAACUGGAGGAAUUAUGGAAAACUUGAGGAAAUCAACCACAAAUACUAAGGUUCGAAACUACCACAAGAAAUUCUACAGACCAGAAAAUCUCACCAUUAUACUUACUGGCCUUAUAAAAGCAGAAGAUGUGUUCAAAGCAUUAUCCGUUGUGGAAGAUGAUAUCAUUGAGAAGAGAAGCAAAGAAGUCCCAGAGCCCUGGGAGAAGCCGUGGCAGACCAUCCCAGGACCACCAAAAUAUGUAGAGGAGAAGGUUCAAUGGCCGGCUGAUACUGAGGACUGCGGACAGAUCCUGUUCGGCUGGCGCGGCCCGGAGCUGAAGCAGCCGGGCGCGCUGCGCGAGCUGACGGCGUGCGCGGUGUCGCUGCGCUACCUGUGCGACACCGCCGCCGCGCCGCUGCAGAGGACGCUCGUCGAGACCGACGACGCGCUCGCCGGCGACGUAUCCUACAACAUCACCGAAAACGUGGCGCCUCUGAUCAAGAUAGAACUGGACAACGUGCCCAUAGAGAAACUAGAAGCGGCCAAGACGGAAGCUUUGAAGGCUCUAAGCAUCGUCCGUUCUGGCGAAGAGCCGAUAGACAUGGCGAGAAUGAAGAUACUGCUUCGCAAGCAGCUGAGAGAGAGUGUGGCGAGUCUCGAGUCUGAUCCUCAUCAUGCGGUGGCGUUCAGAUGUAUAGGAGACGCACUUUACUCGCAAGAUGAGAAUGAUUUCAUAUCGCGCAUGAACCCUCAAGUGAUCCUGCAAGACCUGCUGACCGAGGGUCCGGAGUACUGGCUGGGGCUGCUGCAGAAGUACUUCACUGACGAACACGUCACCAUCAUCGGCGCGCCGAGCAUUGAGAUGCAGACGCAAAUGGCAGCCGACGAGAAGAAGAGGAUAGAAGCGCAGAGAGCGGCGCUGGGCGAGCCCGGGCUGGCGGCCAGGGCCAAGGAGCUCAAUGAAGCCAUGGAGUACAAUGAGCGUCCGCCGCCGGCUGGCACCCUAGCCUCUGUCCCCGUCCCCGGAUGCGACAAUCUGAAGACACACAGCAUUUCUACGUGGAGCUCCGACGGCGGCGCCUGCCCGCGCCUGCCGCUGCAGGAGCUGCCGCUCUACACGCGGGCACACUCGCUCACCACGCACUUUGUUUAUAUCAGCCUAAUCCUGGACACGACAGACGCCGACGAGAAGACCCGCAAAUGGCUGAACCUCCAUCUGAACGGGCUGGCCGAGUGCCCCGUGCGUCGCGGGGACAAACUCAUACCGCAUGAAGAGGUCAUCUCGACCACGGAACAGCUGACUGUCAGCUUUUCUAAUGAUAUAGGGUUCGUCAGAAGCGGGAACUUCACUGUGGGACAGUUUGGGCAUUUCGUGCAUAUUGAGACAAGGUGCGAGCCACAAGACUACGAGGCGGUAGUGAACCUGUUAUACGAAGUGCUGUACCAGGCCGAGAUCACCAAGGAGAGGCUGCUGGUCUUCGCACAGAGACUCAUCAAUGAAGCGGCACAAGUAAGAAGAGACGGCAACAAAAUGGCGUACGACACCGUCCGGGACGCCCUAUACAACAAAACAAGCAACAACCACUGGUCCACGGUACUAAGGCAGCAGAAGUUCCUCAAAGAACUAGUGGAAGCUCUGAACGCGGGGGGCGAUUCUGCAGAAACUGUGUUGAAAGACGCUCGGGAGACCUUCAAGAGUAUUACUGAGAAUGUGUGGCUGCAUAUUGCGACGGAUUUCACGCGGUAUACGCUGUCGGUUGAGCCGUGGAAGAAGUUUGCCAGGGAGAAUGAGAUCACUCCGCAGCCGCCCAAGCUCUACUGGGAUUCCUCCCUAAUGACCUCCAACAGCGGCGGCUUCGUGGCCGGCUGUGGCGGCGUGGAGAGCAACUUCCUGGUGCAGCUGAGCGCCGGGCCGCGCCGCCAGCCGCCCGCCGCCGAGGCCGCGCUGCUGCUCGCGCUGCACUACUUCACGCAGCUCGAGGGUCCGAUGUGGCGCAUGAUCCGCGGGCCGGGCCUGACCUACGGCUGCGGAGUGCGCACGGCCGCCAAUGAGGAGCGGAUCGUGUUCUCACUGUACCGCGCUACUAAUGUGGUGGCAGCUUAUAGCAAGGCGAAGCAGAUUAUUCAAGACUACCUAGCCGCCCCCGUGUUCGACGAAGACCUCUUCGCUUCCGCCAAGAGCACGGCCAUCUUCGAAGUGGUGGAACAGGAGAAGUGCCCGGCCGACGUGGUCUCGCAGUCGCUGCUCAACUACCUGUACAGGGUCGAACCUACUUACAAGAGUGAGCUAGUCUGCGCGCUAGCGGCAGUGACCCCUGCUCAGGCGCACGAGGCGGCGGCGCGCUGGCUGCCCGGCCUGUUCGACCCCGCGCAGGCCACGCUCGGCGUCGUCUGCCACCCCUCCAAGGUCAAGGACAUACAGGCCGCGUUUGCCAAGAUCAAUGUCAAGCUGGAAGCAUACGAAUCAAUUGAAGCGUCGCAUUUUAACAAAUAAGUGUUGUACUUAUGUAAGUUUAUAAAAUUUUAUAUUGAUGUGCUUCGAACACCCGUAUAUAAAUCUUCAUGAGAUUUUUAUGUACCGAAAUGAUUGUUUUUACACUUUUAUAUUGCAGGCUGUGCCAAUUCUGUAACUGCCAUUUACCUUCCUUAUCUUAUUCUAUGUAUCCAUUUUAAAAGUUAAGCUAAAACUUGUUUUGUCUAUAUGCAAAAAUAUUGUAAAUAAAUAUUAACAGCAAUGUUUAAAAAAAUAACUGAACUUUAAAUUCUAUGAUGGGCAAGUUAAAGUUUAAAUCAAACGAAUAAAUGUGAUGAUAAUAUUUUUAUUUACCAUUCAACUUAUAACUAUUUCUAUACAAAAAAUAUAACUUAGAAUACAUAGUCAGAUUUUAAUUAGUAAACGUCAUUAUAAAUCAUCUCACAACCUCUGCAACACCUCUAUAACAGAUUCAUACCCAUUCAUAGAAUAAUAACAUUAUAUCCAACUCAACAUAUUCUGUAC